AUAAAAAGAAAAAAUUGUUGUUACAAUUUGAUAACUAGAGAGUGCGUUGCGAUAUGGAAAACAGAACCGAUUGAAGAACCAGAUAUUGAGCAAGAGCAAGUCGCAGUCGACUCUUCCUCUCGCUCGGCGUAUCAGUGUCGUCGAAGAGAUGCACAUGAUGCGAGGAAUAUCGCAGAGAAUCUCAAUAUCGACAAAUAAACGUUGCGGCAACCUAAACGUUACGUUUUCCAAACUCAAAGCGAUGGGAUAUCACACGCGUUUCUUCGUCUUGGACGGGAAUGUUCUUCCUGUUGGUCUUUCGAGAAACACCGUCGUCGACCACGUUGCGACAAGAUACAUCACGUUAUCGCAACUCUUCGCGCGAGAUCUCGGCACUCUGUCUAGAAAAGAACCGCCCGAAUCGCCAGGAAUUCCCUUCUUCGGGACGAUGCUGUCUCUGGCGAUGGCCGGAGGCGCGCAGAAGUUGCACGAAUACGUGGACAAACGACACAAGGAACUGGGUCCAGUUUUCAGAGAACAAAUCGGACCGGUUCGCGCCGUUUUCGUCAAUUCGCCCGACGAAUUCCGCCGAAUCUUUCUUGGAUUGGAAGGUGCUAUGCCGCAACACUUCUUGCCGGAAUCCUGGAAGUUGUACAACGAGAUCCGAGCGCAGCGCCGAGGGCUGCUCUUCAUGGACGGGUAUGAAUGGUAUUACUUUCGCAAGAUCCUUAACAAGACGAUGCUGCUGCCCGAUUCAACGAAACUGAUGAGCACGCCUUGCCAAGAAGCCGCCGAAAAUCUGGCAAAAAAGUGGAAAGCGCAAAGUCAAAGUGGUUCCACGAUAUCGGACCUGGAGCAUCAGCUGUAUCUCUGGUCUAUUGAAGCGAUGCUGGCGACUCUCAUAGGUUCACGAUGGUUGGACCACGAGAAGCAAUUGCGUUCUGAAGCGAAGAAUUUAGCGCUGAUGCUGCACCAGAUCUUCGAGCAUUCCGCCACCUUGUCGAUGGUACCGGCCAAGCUAGCGAUGACACUCAGAUUACCAGCUUGGACCAAGUUUGUCCGAGCCGCCGAUACGAUUAUGGACAAAGUGUGCAAGCUAGUACCUAAAAUGAUCCAGUUCGACAGCGACGGGCUCCUGCGGACCAUGAUGAGCAACGGGAUUCGCGAUGACGACGCCGUCAGAAUUGUUGCCGAUUUCAUUAUAGCCGCCGGCGACACGACAGCGAUUACGAUGCAGUGGACGUUGUUAUUACUCAGCAGUCGUCCCGAGUUCCAGGAUCAUCUGUUUCACAAAGUCAAACACUUGUCGCUGGAGGAGAUUCUGCGUGAGCAUCUGGUGAGAAGUGUGUGGAGAGAAGCGUUGCGACUACAUCCUGUUGCGCCAUUUCUCACGAGAUAUCUGCCGGCCGACGCCACGAUCGGCGACUAUUCCGUUUCGAAGGGGGACUUGAUUCUCAUGUCAAUUUAUUCGAGCGGUCGCAACGAGGACGAUUUUUCACAACCAAACGAAUUCAAACCGGAACGAUGGAUUAGAACAAAGGAGGGUGGUUAUCAGGGUGUGAAAAACUCGUACGCCAGUUUGCCGUUCGCAAUGGGUGUCAGGAGCUGCAUCGGACGCAAGCUCGCGGAGACACAGAUGUCCCUCGCAGUGGCGCAGCUUGUUAAAAAUUUCAAAAUUGAGUGCAAAAAUCGAGACAGCAUCGAGAUGAUUCUACAUCUGAUCUCCGUGCCGUCGCGACCUAUCGAAUUGAAAUUGACGGAAAGAGAAGUAUAAGAAUGUUCGUGAUU